AUGGAACCAGAGGUUAGGAAAAGGCCGAUUCAGAUUGUGGUGGAGGAUGGUGAACCAGCCGCGGUUAUCGUGGGGAUGCAGGAGUAUGUGGAGAUGCUGGAGCGGCUUGAGGACCUGGACGACCUCGAAAUGCUGAAUGAGAUGCGUAGCAAGCCGCUGGAGUUCAGGUCGCUGGAGGAGUUCAAGGAAUUAGAUGCUGAUGCCGCGCCAUCCUUCGCAUCGCGUUGGCGCGGCAAGUUCAAAGCGGCAGAGCGCGACGAUGCGCGUUACGACGCUCUGGCAAAGAAGUAUCUGACAUGA